AUGAAGGCAGACCGUACCAAGCAGGCCGACAAGAUGCUUCGUACCCCCAAGUGCUCGCGGUGCCGGAACCAUGGCUUCCUGGUACCAGUCAAGGGCCAUGCGGGCAAGUGCCGCUGGAAGCAGUGCACCUGCGAGAAGUGCUACUUGAUCACCGAGCGCCAGAAGAUCAUGGCUGCACAAAAGGUGCUCAAGAAGCAGGCCCCUGGAGAGGAGCAGGAGGUGGCCCUGGGCGCACAGGGACCCCAGCUGGCCUCCGGGAGCGCGGCCGCCAACCCGGGCCCAAGGUUCUACCCGCUGCCUCCGCUUGCCGUUUUGGGAGACGCGCAGCCGGGCCCUUCGGGCCAAGCGGCCGCCUGCUUCCCUGAGAGGCCCCCGCGGGGCUGGAGCCCUGGCACGAGUGCCUUCCAGCCCAUUCUGGGUGGCCGCAAUUGUGGCCACAUGGGCCUGAGCGAACACGCCGCCAGGGCCAGGCCCAGUUCUCUGGAGCCCCAGCUGGCGGCGGAGGCCACCGGCCGGGGCUACCCCGGCUGCCUGGAGCUGCGCAGACCGCCGCGGCCUGUGCCCAGCCCGCUGUUCGCCGACUUCGGGCUCCCUCUGAGCAUCAACUCAGAUUCUGUGGUGGGGUCUGAGUACCUGGAGAGAGAACCUCCCAAGCUGUACCCCAGCUGCUCCAGCAUGCACCCCUACGGCCCUUUUCCGCUGGGCUACCAGGGUGCGUCCCCUGCCGCGGGGCCCCCUCUGCAGCAGCGUUUCGGGCAUGUGUCCUAUAGCCACUACAAUGGAGGAGGCUUGGUGGCGGACCCCAUGGGAGACUUCCAGCCGAGCUACUACCCGCCGCGGGCGCCAUCGCAGCAGCCCCAGUUCCUCCCGCCGGGCUUCCUCUCUGCGCUCCACUUCUUCCCGCCGCCGCCACCGCCGCCGCCGCCGCCUCCAGCAAGCUUCUCGCUGACCAUCCUGUCUGACAUGGACAAGGAGAACACCGUUCCUGUGGGCAAAGACGUGGAGGAUGGCAUGCAUGUGGUGCCGAAAGACCAGAAGUGCCAGGCCUCUCUGGCUGGGGAAGAAGCAUAUGACCAGGACGUGGAGGGGCCAAUCGAGCCCAGCCAGCCAUCGUCCCAGGAGCAGUCCGACUAG